AAUAGCAGUCACGUGCAUGCUGGGACCGAGACGGACAGGCUGCUCCUCCUGCCGGUCCCCAGGCCCCCAGAGGACCAUCUGUUUGCCUCCUGGUGCCAUCUAACCCAGGUGAGCGAGAGGAUGCUGGCGGGGGGCGUGAGGAGCAUGCCCAGCCCCCUCCUGGCCUGCUGGCAGCCCAUCCUCCUGCUGGUGCUGGGCUCGGUGCUGUCAGGCUCGGCCACAGGCUGCCCGCCCCGCUGCGAGUGCUCCGCCCAGGACCGCGCAGUGCUCUGCCACCGCAAGCGCUUUGUGGCGGUGCCUGAGGGCAUCCCCACUGAGACCCGCCUGCUGGACCUGGGCAAGAACCGCAUCAAAACGCUCAACCAGGACGAGUUUGCCAGCUUCCCGCACCUGGAGGAGCUGGAGCUCAAUGAGAACAUCGUGAGCGCUGUGGAGCCUGGCGCCUUCAACAACCUCUUCAACCUCCGGACGCUGGGGCUCCGCAGCAACCGCCUGAAGCUCAUCCCCCUGGGUGUCUUCACCGGCCUCAGUAACCUGACCAAGCUGGACAUCAGCGAGAACAAGAUCGUCAUCCUGCUGGACUACAUGUUCCAGGACCUGUACAACCUCAAGUCACUGGAAGUCGGCGACAACGACCUCGUCUACAUCUCCCACCGAGCCUUCAGCGGCCUCAACAGCCUGGAGCAGCUGACGCUGGAGAAAUGCAACCUGACCUCCAUCCCCACCGAGGCGCUGUCCCAUCUGCACGGUCUCAUCGUCCUGCGGCUCCGGCACCUCAACAUCAAUGCCAUCCGGGACUAUUCCUUCAAGAGGUUGUACCGGCUCAAGGUCUUGGAGAUCUCUCACUGGCCCUACUUGGACACCAUGACUCCCAACUGUCUCUACGGCCUCAACCUGACGUCCCUGUCUAUCACGCACUGCAACCUGACCGCUGUGCCCUACCUGGCGGUGCGCCACCUGGUCUAUCUCCGGUUCCUCAACCUCUCCUACAACCCCAUCAGCACCAUUGAGGGCUCCAUGUUGCACGAGCUGCUAAGGCUGCAGGAGAUCCAGCUGGUGGGUGGGCAGCUGGCCGUGGUGGAGCCCUACGCCUUCCGCGGCCUCAACUACCUGCGCGUGCUCAAUGUCUCCGGCAACCAGCUGACCACACUGGAGGAGUCGGCCUUCCACUCGGUGGGCAACCUGGAGACGCUCAUCCUGGACUCCAACCCGCUGGCCUGCGACUGCCGGCUCCUGUGGGUGUUCCGGCGCCGCUGGCGGCUCAACUUCAACCGGCAGCAGCCCACGUGUGCCACGCCCGAGUUCGUCCAGGGCAAGGAGUUCAAGGACUUCCCUGAUGUGCUCCUGCCCAACUACUUCACCUGCCGCCGUGCCCGCAUCCGGGACCGCAAGGCCCAGCAGGUGUUUGUGGAUGAGGGCCACACAGUGCAGUUCGUGUGCCGGGCGGAUGGCGACCCGCCGCCCGCCAUCCUCUGGCUCUCGCCCCGCAAGCACCUGGUCUCGGCCAAGAGCAACGGGCGGCUCACGGUCUUCCCCGAUGGCACGCUGGAGGUGCGCUACGCCCAGGUACAGGACAACGGCACUUACCUGUGCAUCGCGGCCAACGCGGGCGGCAACGAUUCCAUGCCUGCCCACCUGCACGUGCGCAGCUACUCGCCCGACUGGCCCCAUCAGCCCAACAAGACCUUCGCCUUCAUCUCCAACCAGCCGGGCGAGGGAGAGGCCAACAGCACCCGCGCCACCGUGCCUUUCCCCUUCGACAUCAAGACCCUCAUCAUCGCCACCACCAUGGGCUUCAUCUCUUUCUUGGGCGUCGUCCUCUUCUGUCUGGUGCUGCUGUUUCUUUGGAGCCGGGGCAAGGGCAACACCAAGCACAACAUCGAGAUUGAGUAUGUGCCCCGCAAGUCGGACGCAGGCAUCAGCUCCGCCGACGCACCUCGCAAGUUCAAUAUGAAGAUGAUAUGA